UGUUAAUCAAAAUACGCAACACUUUUAAGUGACAAUAUUGCAUAAUUUUUUUUUAAUAUGACUAAAUUGUUCAAUUUAUAGAAAGGUGAGAAGGGGAUUCCCACCACUAGCCCAACUCUUGUUUCGUACAUGCAAGAAGGAAAUAGCAGUCUUCUGUCACCGCGCGUUGAAUUUCCAAGGGAGACUGCUACUUCUUUGACCCUGUAACGUACUCGCGAGUACGCCAAAAUUAAAAAUUGAUUGAUACUUUAGCAAACGUGUGUAUUAUUAAGUGAAUUCCAACGUUACAGAGAAAGGUCUUACUUGGAAAAUAUGUGACAUUUAUUAAACAAAAAGUAAUCUUAUCCAUUGACGUUUCAUUUUAAAAGUAUUUGUUAAGAUAGGCUAUCUAUUGACAUUACAUACAUAUAUAGAAUAUAUGGCAAUCUCAAAACAUACCAGUUAAUGGUACACGGGUAGCUGAUGGAUACUGCUGUUAAUUGUUAAUUUCUUGAAAGUGAGUACAGAAAAAGUUUUGAGGUAGUAAGAAGUAAGAUGACUGGAAUUAUUAAGCCUCUUGAAUUGGGAGGUGACUCAAACUUUAAAACUUCAGCAAAUUCACAUUUAACACCAGUACCUCGCACCAUAGCACCUCAUGUAUUGACAGAUGAAGUAGAUAAUGUUGACUAUCGUUUUGAAGCAGCUAGAUUACAAAGCUUUGAAAAUUGGCCUAUAUCAUAUAUCGAACCUGAGAAAUUAGCAGCUGCUGGAUUUUAUUACACAGGCGAAGGUGAUAAAGUAAGAUGUUUCGAGUGUCAAGUAGAGAUAUGCCAAUGGGUGGAAGGUGAUAAUCCUAUGGUUGAUCAUCAACGUUGGUCAGCAAGGUGUAGAUUUAUUCGUAAAAUGCAUUGCGGUAAUGUACCUAUAGGAGUAGAUCCUAGUACAGUUUUACCACCAAGGCCAAGAAGCAGAGACGUGUGCGGUCCUUAUGGUAUAGAAUAUCGGCCUACAUCCGGCCCUGACAACCAUAAUUUCUCAAGUGAAUUACAACUGCCAAGUACUGCUAAACUCAGUUGUUUAGGCUUAGGAAGACCUAAAGGACCUGUACAUCCCGAGUAUGCUAGCUAUGAUGCUAGACUACGUACAUUUGAAACGUGGCCAAAAUCUAUGCCACAAACAAAAGAACAAUUGGCAGAUGCAGGGUUUUAUUAUAUUGGAAAAGGUGAUCAAACUUUGUGUUAUCAUUGCGGUGGUGGCUUAAAAGAUUGGGAACCAGAGGAUGAUCCAUGGGAGCAACACGCAAAAUGGUUUUCUAAGUGUUAUUAUUUAUUAAUGGUGCAAGGACAAGAUUAUGUAAAUAAAAUAACUGGUCAACAUAUAUCUCCACCAUCUAAAGAAGAAACAAUGCAAAUGAAUUUACCUAGUUUUAUUAAAAAGGUACAACCAGUAAGUGUAGAAACAGAGAAAAAGGAAGAAGUAGAAAGUAAUCCUGGCCCAAGUUCUCAAAAUGUUGGUUCUCAAGAUAGUGGAAUAGAGAGUAUUGGAAGCCGACCCGAAUCUAUAAAAGGAAGUGCAGAAGAUUUAUUAAAUUCAAAGACACCGUACAAUAAACCAAUAGAUGAUGCGAGGAUGUGUAAAAUUUGUUAUAACGGAGAAUUAGGAGUAGUAUUCUUACCAUGUGGACAUAUAGUUGCUUGUGUUAAAUGUGCUCCUGGAAUGACAACUUGUGCAGUAUGCAGAGAGCCUGUUACUAUGACUGUGCGAGCAUUUUUCUCAUAGUAUUCCAUAGUUUGUGAUAAUAAAUAAUUUUAUAUACAAUUUCUGUUAUAGUGUUUUACACUUGAUCAUCCACGACUGGUAGCGAUAAUUUAUCGCGAAUUGCACUAUGACAUGACUCAUGUGGUAUACCAGUCUGCGGGUACAAGCUUUAAAAAUUUUGCAGAUUUUCGAAGCUUUAUGUGAUGUUUAAAUUAUAAGUACAUGGGAAAUAAAAAAAAUUAUUUUAAUACAGUUGAUAAUAGAAAGAAUAUAUUUCAUAGUCGGUAACAAAAUCAAAGAAUCUCUUUCACGUCCUGGAAUUUGUCUGCGUAUGAUCAGUAUUAAAAUAAACGAUAUAAAUAUAUUUAAGUAUUUUUACAAAUUACAUAACAUAUCACGGAUAUCGGAGUUAUGAGAUAAUUGCUCAUACUGGUCUUCGGUAAAGUUUUCAGAUUUUGUCUGAAUUUUGUCUGAAACUAACAGGAAGGCCAUGCGAGGUAUUAGGCAUCGAUUUCAAUAAAACUUUGUGGAUAGGUACAUUAUAAUAAAUAGAUAUUACAUCCAUAUUUGUUCGUUUAAGUACGUAGUCGGUUAAUGGUUCGUGACAUAUUUGAUAAAAAAUACCGUACACGUUUGUUAAAUAUUUCAUAAACUAUUGAAUGUCUUUGCAAAUUAUAUAGUAUUUUUAGGUCAUCGACUUAUAUCGGUACGUAACACCUCGAGUGGCCUCUUUGUAAGUAUAAGCUGUACCUGCAACUGAACGUUGCUAUUUACAUAUUUGUAAAUUUAUGUUGUCGGAAACAUCAGAUAAAUCAAAAAGACAACAAAAUAAAUAGCAACAAAACAUGAAGUCUAGUCAUUAAUAUUAUACAAUGACAAAACAAGAAGUAAAGGGUUACGAUGGUAAAUUAUAAAAAUUUAAUGAAAGAAUAUUGAUUUUAUAAUUCUAUUAUAGUGCUAAUACAAUCAGUGUCUACUUUAUUACCCUAGUUUAGUUUCGUCUAAUAUUGUAUUUUAAAUUUAUAUAUCUUGCUAUGAAAUAAUAUAUGUGAUCUCUGUGAAGUAUGUUUUCAGCGUAUGUUCAGGGGUAAUUGUACACAUUUAAAUUAUAAGCUGCAUACAAAUUAUUUGACUAAACUAAUCUAGGGAGGAAUUAUAUAUUUCAUCCAAUAGAGACUUCUAGCACUCUUAUGAUUUGAAGGAUUUGUUGAUAUUAUAAAAUAUAAUGUGUAUAUUGUGUAUACAGUAUGAUUAAAGACAGGGAAGACUUAUUUGUUUUAGUGUAUAAAAAGAAGCAAAAAUAGUAAACAUUCAUAUUCAGUUAAUAAACAAUGCUAGAAUUUUUCUAGCCACCUGUUUUUGGCUAUGAUUAGCAUUAUUAUAUAUUGUUUCAAUAAAAAAUGGAAUUCAUUAA